AUGUCCGACGGGGACGUGAUCAAAGACAGCGUGGAUAAGUUGGCGAUUCACGAUGACGACGAGAUCGAUUCCAACUACAAACCGCCGCCGGAAAAAACUAUUGAAGAGCUCUUAAAUGCUGACAAAGAAGACGCGAGCUUGCAAAAAUACAAGGAAAAAUUACUGGGUGAUGCUAACAGUGGGAAAAUAAUUUUUGAUGAAGAUAAUCCAAAUAAAGUGAUUGUCAAGAAAUUAGCAUUAUGUGUUACUGAUAGACCAGACAUGGAACUUGAUUUGUCAGGAGAUUUAACGAAUUUAAAAAAACAGGUGUUCAUUAUAAAAGAAGGAAUAUCAUAUAAGAUUAGAAUAGAUUUUAUAGUACAACGAGAAAUUGUUCAUGGUCUCAAAUAUGUUCAAAAGACUUAUCGUCUUGGUGUACCAGUGGACAAAAUGACUCACAUGGUUGGAUCGUAUCCACCAAAGAUGGAGAUACAGAGUUAUACAACACCAGCUGAAGAUGCUCCGAGUGGCAUGAUGGCACGUGGCUCAUACACGGUUCAUUCUUUGUUUACGGAUGAUGACAAAAAGGAACAUUUAAAAUGGGAAUGGGUAUUCGAGAUUAAAAAAGACUGGAAGGACAACUAA